AUGGAAGGAAAUAAGCGUACUUCUCCGUACCUGGGAGUAGCUGUGGCUGCUGGAGUCUUUGGUACUGUAUAUGUGCUGACCUCACUCGCAAUCAUGUACGAAAACUCAAAGCAGCAGUCAGCUUCAAAGUUGGAGGCAUCCGAGAAGGACGAUCAGGACAUGGAAAUCGACUUUGACCCAGAAGAAGUCCUGAACAAGUACCGGGUGGAGCGUGACAAGAGGUUGAGAAGGGAUGGAAACCAACAAUACGUUGACAUCUCGACAGUCAAGACCAAGGACUAUCUCCAAGAUCCUUACUGUGAAAAGGGAUUCUCGAGGGCACCUCUGAAUGAUCAAGUAGAAGUCUUGAUCAUUGGUGGAGGAUUUGGUGGAAUGAUCACUGGUGCUCGCUUGAUUCAAGAAGGAUUCAAGUCUUCAGAAAUCAGGAUUGUCGAGAAAGCCUCUGAUUUUGGUGGAACUUGGUACUGGAACAGAUACCCUGGGGCUGCUUGCGACAUCGAAUCCUACGUGUACUUGCCUUUGCUCGAGGAGACAGGGUACAUACCAGUUGAAAAGUACACCCGUGCCCCGGAAAUUUUGAAGUAUUGCAGCGUAAUCGGAAAGCAUUUCAAGCUUUACGAUACCGCAUGUUUCCAAACCGAAGUCACUGAAGUUCGUUGGGACGACAAUGAAUCAGUAUACACCGUAUCCACCAACCGUGGCGACAAAAUGAAGGCCAGAAACGUGGUAAUGGCUGCAGGUCCAUUGCACCGCGCCAAGCUUCCCGGCAUCCAAGGCAUUGAUUCCUUCAAGGGCCACACGUUCCAUACUUCCAGAUGGGACUAUGCCUACACGGGUGGUGACUCUACUGGAAACUUGACGAAUUUGAAGGACAAGCGAGUCGGAAUUAUUGGAACUGGUGCAACCGCUGUACAAGUCGUUCCUCACCUUGGUGCAGCAUCCAAGCAACUUUUUGUCUUCCAACGAACACCAUCAAGUGUUGACUUUAGAAACAACAAAGCUACCGAUCCAACAUGGGCAAAGGACACUCUGAGUGGAGAAGGAUGGCACAAGAAGCGAAUGGAGAACUUCAACAACUGGAUGUCUGGCGUACCAGCAGGGGAACCAGAUCUCGUUUCGGACGGAUGGACAGAGAUUAUUAGAUUGACUGGGCGUGACUUGGCUCGCAAGCGCGCUGUAGAGAGCAAUGCAGCAGAAAGUGCCGCAGAUGCCGCAAAGCGCGAGCUAGAGGCUGCCGCUAAGUUGUUACAAUUGGCUGAUAUCAAGAAGAUGAAUGGCGUCAGAUCUCGAAUUGAUGCUACAGUAAAGGACAAAGCCACUGCAGAUGCGUUGAAACCUUGGUACAAUCAGUUUUGCAAGCGCCCUUGCUUCCAUGACGAGUAUCUCGACACAUUCAAUCUCCCAAACGUCAAACUCGUCGACACUCAGGGCAAAGGAGUUGAUUCUAUAACCGAGAAGGGAAUCGUGGUUGACGGCAAGGAGUACGAAUUGGACGCAAUUGUCUUUGCAACGGGCUUCGAAGUUGGAACUGGAUUUGCACGAAGAGCCGGCUAUGAGACCUAUGGUAGAAAUGGAUUGAGUCUGAGUGAAAAGUGGGGCAAGGGGGUGAAGACGUUCCACGGUAUGAAUACCAACGGAUUCCCCAAUCUAUUCAUUGUUCACCCUGCACAGGCGGGAUUUACUGCAAACUAUGUACAUCUCAUUGACGAAGAGGCACGACACAUUGCACAUAUCCUAUCUGAGGCCAGAAAGCGCAAGGCCACUAUAAUUGAAGCAACCGCUGAAGCGGAAGAAGCUUGGGUCGAAGAAUGCGGCAAAGUCGCCGUCUUCCGUGAGAAGUUUUUGAGUGACUGUACUCCUGGCUACUACAAUCUGGAAGGCCAGGUUCGAGCAGAAAUGAUGAAGAGUGGACCGUACGGGAGGGGCAGCCCCGCGUUCUUCAACUUGAUCAAGGAAUGGAGAAAUGAAGGGUCUUUGAAAGGCUUGAGCUUUUCCAAGGCAACGAGUCGUGAAGAGUAG